UGUCAUUUGUUUACAAAAAAGGCACAACAAAAAAAUUCUAUUUUUUCUAUUAUUUCAACUCAAACAUAUCCUCUUUUUGCUUAUAGUUGAAAGGAAAUCGGUGCCAUGGUAUAGAAAGAUUGCAAGCAUCUAAAGGAGGCAGGCAUUUCAGACAUGUUGAAAAGUGACAGGAUUUUCAAGUAGUGGCACAGGCACUGGAGAUUUUACUCAGACUUUUGCUUUGGAGAUUUUACCAUUAUUGUCUUGUAAGUGAAAAGUCAAAGUAACUUAAUAGUUCAAAAUAGGACUAAAUAAAAAAGAGAUUAUAUAAGGAGUACAGUGUCCAGCCAUUUGGCAAGAAGUCUAGAGUUCAAUAUACAGUUAACCAGAACAUCUAUAAUAGUAAAUUCACACGGCUGGAAUUUUGUUGAGCCACCACUGGAUGCAGAAUGAAGAUGCUUGCAAUCUAUGUAUAGUUGACCGUGCCAGUGCAAAAUAAAAUUUUAGCAUGUUAAAGUCUUAAGUUACAGAUGAAUAUGGGCUAGAUGACUACAUAUUUGGUGAGGCAAAGAUACAUCUGAAAAUAGCAUCACAUGGGGAUAUUUUCAAGUUGUUAUGUGUAAGAUGUCAUCAGGAAACAGAUUAUAUAAAUUGAUCUGCUUUUUUUAAGAACAAGGCACCUUGAAAAAUUAGUAAGCAAAUUUAGGAAUGAAAUUUUGAAGCAAAUUUGACAGGAUUAAAAUGGAAGUAUUUCAGAAAGAAACUCUCAUAGAUUCUGUAAACUAUGACAAAAUUGUGUCAGCAUUAGUUGGAGAGAGUGAACAGCUUGAAAAGCAGUUAACUGGUAUACAUGAUCACUCUGAGCCAGAUGUAGCAGCUGUUGUGAGAGCUGAUGUGACAGCACAUGACUCCUCAAACUACGAGGGUGUAGAAUUAGGACACCUUAUGACUUACCCUGCCAAAAUAAAUAAAUGUAUAAAUAAGAAGAGCAAUCAUGAAGAACUGAGUGAGAAUGACCAGUCUCUACAAGAAGAUAUGACAUCUGAAGAUAAGGAUGCUAAUUUUAGUGCUUCAGAUAAUGUAUUAGCAUUAUUUCCCUUUGUUUGUGGAAUAUGUGAUGAAAAAUUUAACAUUUUGGUAACUUACUUUAUGCAUAUUUCAAUGCAUGAAAAUGCUAACACAUUGUUACAUUGCUGUGAUCAGACAGAUGUUGAUGAGGGUUGUUUCUUGUUUUCAUGUGGAAUUUGUGAUAUAAAGUACCCAACUUUGUGUACUCUUUACCAACAUCUGCUUGAAACAGAAGGUGUGACUGACUUUGUUUAUAGGGGAAGAGUAAGAACAGCACAUGCUUAUACUGGAACUAGUGAACAUUUUGAAAUUCCACAAAACAGUGCAGAGUGUUAUAGGGUAAAAGGAAGGGUAACAAAUACUCUUAAUAAAGGUAUCAAUUCAAACAUUCCAACGAAUGAUAUAAAGUUUGAUAUAAAAGGUUCAUUGGAUGAUGAUAAAGAUAAUUUAUGUGGUAACUCAGGAGAUGACGAUGAUAAUUUACGUGGUAACUCAGGAGAUGACUCGGAUACCACAAUAAUCAAUGAGAGUGUUGUUGUAGAAGAGAUUGAAGUUGGAAGAAAAUAUGUAAAAGACCUGAAGGUCAUUGAAAGAAAACGACUGAAGAGAAAGAAAAGAGGUAAAAGAAAAGUAAAUGCUAAAAAUGCAAAUAAAACAUUGUUAAAUGAACGUAAGAAGACUAAAGGGAGUAUCCUUGCAGGCACAGAUAGGAACACAUCAUUGAUAAUAGAAGGAGCAGACAUACCUGCUGUUGCUUCUAAUGAUUAUGACGAUGAUGAUGAUUAUGAUGAUGAAAAGUUAGUUGAUGGUAUAAAUGAUGAUGGAAUUAACCGUCAUGAAGACACUGUGGUAGUAAAACGCACAAAGAAGAAGCGAGUGACAGUAAAUCGUAAAGAUCAGCUGUUUCCAUGUGAGGUAUGUGGAGCAGUUGUUAAACACCAGUACCUGCAGAGACACAGAAGUACUCAUGAAGAACGUACACUAGCAUGUGACCAGUGUGACAAUGUGUAUAACUGUAAGUUCAAGCUAAGAACUCACAAGAAACAAGUCCACACUGAGGAAAAGAAGUUUACUUGUGAUGAAUGUGGUAAAAGUUUCAAAGCGUGGCCCUACCUCAAGCAACACCGUCAUACAAAUUUGGAACUUGUGGGAAUUAAAGAACAAAUCCAUAUCAAAGAGAGAAAUAUUCUGUGUCCUGUUUGCCCUAUGAAAUUCAAAUAUGCGGCAGUGUUAAAGGUGCAUUUGAAAACACAUUCAGAUCAGAAGCCACACAACUGUGAGCAGUGUGGAAAGAAAUUCAAACGAGCUGAUUUGUUAACAACACACAAAAAAUAUCACAUGGAGGAGAAACCAUUUCCUUGUCCUGAAUGCUCAAAAACUUUCAAAGUGAAACAAGACAUGAAAAAACAUUUUAAGAUUCAUCUACCGCCAAAGUUUUUCUGUGGAAUUUGUGGAAAAUCUUUUGUUCAGAAGCACAAUUUGCGAAUUCACAUGAAAGUUCAUGGAGAACUUCAUGAAAAAUAGAAAUAUUGUGCCAUUAAUGUGAAAUACAUUGAAAAUAUAACUGGAGUUUCAAAGAAAGAUAUAAUAAAAGAUAGACAGAGAAUAUUGCCAAGAAGUAUAGGGUUGCUUGAUGAUUUGCUAAGGGCACCCCAGCCAAAGUAGCAUGUUUUGAAAAUUAGAGUCUGUUGAAAAAUAAAAAUUUAGAUGACAUUUUUACAUAUUGAAAGAUUUUUAUGAUAUAGAAUUUAAGCAUACUUUUUACUCUUGUAAAUUGGCGUAUUUAGUAUCAAAUUAUCACAGAGGUUAAUUUAACGUAUAUUCCCUUAUUAAUGCCCCAAGGGACAUUACAUUUUACAAAAAGGUGGCAUUUAUUAAGGCCCUAUAAUGUUUUGGGUUUUUUUUUUGUUGUUGUUUUUUUAGCUCACCUGUCAUGUAGUGACAGGGUGAGCUUUUGUGAUCGCCCUUCGUCCGCCGUCCAUCCACAAUUUCUUGUCUGCACGAUAGUGGUUUCAUUUAUGAUUUUAUUUUAACCAAACUUGCACACAACUUUUAUCACCAUAAGAUCUUGGUUCCUGUCUUGACCUGGCCAUAUCCUAUUAUGGGUUCUAGAGUUAUGGCCUCUGAAAGGGCCAAAAUUAGCUAUUUUGACCUUGUCUGCACAAUAGCAGCUUUAUUUAUGAUCUGAUUUUUAUCAAACUUGCAAACAACUUGUAUCACCAUAAGAUCUUGAUUCUUUUCUUGAACUUGCCAGAUUUAUUUAUGGGUUACAGAGUUAUGGCCCCUGAAAGGGCCAAAAUUAGCUAUUUUGACCUUGUCUGCACAAUAGCAGCUUUAUUUAUGAUUUGAUUUUAACCAAACUUGCACACAACUUGUAUCACCAUAACAUCUUGGUUCCUUUAUUGAAUUGGCCAGAUUCCAUUAUGGGUUCCAGAGUUAUGGCCCCUGAUAGGGCCAGAAUUAGCUAUUUUGACCUUGUCUGCACAAUAGCAGCUUCAUUUAUGAUUUGAAUUUAAUCAAACUUGCACAAAACUUGUGUCACCAUAAGAUCUUGGUUCCUUUCUUGAACUGGCCAGAUCUUACAAUGGGUUCCAGAGUUAUGGCCCCUGAAAGGGCCAAAAUUAGCUAUUUUGACCUUGUCUGCACAAUAGCAGCUUCAUUUAUGAUUGAUUUUAACCAAACUUGCACACAGCUUGUAUCACCAUAAGAUCUCGAUUCCUUUUUGUAUGCCCUAAGGGACGUAUUAUGUUAUUGGUGUCCGUCUGUCUGUUGGUUAGCAAUUUCCCUUCCGCUCUGUAACUCUUGAACCACAUGAAGGAUUUCAAAGAAACCUGACACAAAUGUUCACCUCCUCGAAACAACUUGCAGAGCACCUGUUUCGGAUGGCUCACUUCAAGAUCAAGGUCACACUUAGGGGUCAAAGGUCAUAUGACUUUGUUUUGUGUGUAUAUUGCUCUGCAUUUGCGUUGCAUUGCAGUGCUCUUGUUUUUAUUUGGCAGAUCCUUCUUUUGUUCACAUACAAUAUUUUUUUUUUAUUACUUACCUUUAUAUUACUAUAAAUAGCUUAUUUAGUAACUUUUUUAUUAUUGGCCGCAGGGAAAAACCGAGACCACUUUUCUGCGGUACAACAUGGAUGGUAUCUCCAAUUUUUAGGUGUAUUUUGACAAUAUCUGUACCUUUAAGAAAAUUUCAACUAUAUUUUCUCAUGAUUCUUUUGAUUGAUCUUGAUUAUGAUUUUUUGACCUUCUUGUCCUUAAGUGCAAUGAUAACAGGUGAGCGAUAUAGGGCCAUUAUGGCCCUCUUGUUUACAUUUUUAAGUAAAUAUAAAUGCACCAUACAUCUGGUAUUCACUUAGGACCUUAAUUAAAAUAUAACUUUAUUUUUUUGCAGAAAAUGGGGAAAUGGUGUUUAUUAGGAGAGGUCUGAUCUUUAUUUAAAAAAUAGUGUAUGUCUUUGUAACUAAAGAAACAUUUAAGGAAUACUUCUUUCUUGAAAGUGAUGUGUUUGCCUGAAUUACCUAUGUAAGUCAGGAAAAUAGAAAACUGCAAUGCAACCUUAUUAUUAGGCAAGUCCACCUUUCAGCCAACAAAUAAAUGUCCAUAGCAGUCAUGAUAGCAGAUGUAUUCAUUUUCCUUUCCAGGGAUUAUAUAGCUAUGUUCAGAGGGUUGGGGCCUUUGGUAUUUUUUGCCAUGGGCCUUUUUGAUGAAAUGUCAGUAUCGCAUUCUAGAAUCUGUUUAUGAACUGCAAAGUAAUAAAUUGUAUAAACGUUAAAAAUUUAUUUUUGUCUGUUAAUUAGUGAUGGUGGGAAAUACCUAUUAGUUUCACUCCAUAUUGUAGGGUAGUCCAGUAAAUUUCACAAGAUCACAAGGUCCAGUACUUCUAACCAUACAAACAAUGACAGGAGAACAGGCCCAGAGGUAACAUUGUCAGACUAAAAAAACAGAGCCCAAACUGAGAGCUAAAAAGUACUAACAUAGAAUUUUUAUGUUAGGCAAAUGUUUCAUUUCAUAAAAGAAAUCAAUAUGCUUAUGGUAUCCAGAUUGCUUUGCCACAAAUUUUUAGAAUAUCUGUAUAUAAAAUAUUAAAAUAGUACUUAAACAUUAUCUUAUGAAAUGCCUACUUUUGAAAACAAUAAAUGUCAAUACUGAUUUUAUUGAAUAGAUCUUUAACUAAAUAAAAGUUGGGAAAAUUUUGAAAUAUGUGGAUUUUCAUACGUUUGAAAAUUGUUUUC